CAAUGGAAUAAUGUCAAUCGUCCGGAAACUGUGUGGAUUAUUUUGCUGAAUUUACAAGAACUGUGACAAAAACAGGCCAGAUGGAGCCAGGAGCAAAGGUCCGCGCCCUCUUCGAUUUCAUCGCUUCAGCCUCGGACGAGCUACCCCUCCAUACUGGUGACAUCAUCACUCUAAAACAGAAGGUGGACCAUGAUUGGCUGAUCGGAUCAUGCAACAACCAAUCAGGGACGUUCCCUGCAAACUUUGUUGAGUUGAUCGUCGGGGAAGGUGGCGGUGCCACGGAGGCGAAGGGGAGAUUUGCCAAAGGUCAGCAGGUCAUUGCCAUAGAAACGUUCACAGCAAAGGCAGAUGGGGAUCUGCCAUUCCAGAAAGGAGACGUCAUUGAGGUAUCAAAACAAAUUGAUGACAAUUGGUUGGCAGGUAGACUUGGCAAUGCUGCGGGAAUAUUUCCAGUUGCUUACAUUACGGAACAGAAGAGUAAACGCAUCAGUACCACAGGUGAGACCCUUCAAGCACGAGCUCUAACAGACAUCUCAGGACAACUCAAGGAUGAACUCAGCUUCAAGAAAAAUGACAUCAUUACAAUUAUUGAGAAAAUUGAUGAGGAUUGGUACCGAGGAACAGUUGCCGGGACGACUGGAGUCCUGCCGGCACUCUGCGUUGAGAUCCUCAACUCCGGAGGACAUUCGGAGGCGGGGUCGUCUGCGGCCACUGGGAAAAAUAAUAUUGACUCCGGUAGUAGACUCGGAAAUACAUUCCAAGGAGGUGUUGAGGCUAUCUCACCAGCCCCAGCAAGUCCGAAGAUAGUCACAGACAGUUCCAGCAUUGGGGAGACGCCAUGGGCGAGGGCGCUGUUUCCGUUCGGCGCGGAGAAUCCAGGUGAGAUCAGCUUCAUCGACGGCGACCGCAUCACGCUCCUGAGGAAGAUUGACGACAACUGGCUGGAAGGGGAAAUCGGCGGGAGCUCGGGAAUCUUCCCAAGUAACUACGUCCAGAUUCAAGUCGACGUUCCCGAGGGGUAUGUACCGCCGCAAAAGAAACAGACGAACUCGCUGAGCUCUGCGCAGAAGCCGCAGAGCUUACCGGUGCCCUCCGGUAGCGCUAAUAAUAACAACUUGAAAGCGGGCGGGUCAAAAUGGAAAGGAAAACGUGGUAAGAUUCUGUUUGAUUUCAAGGCGGAGACGGAUCAAGACCUCGGGGUGAAACAAGGCGAGGUCGUACAAAUUAUCGAGCAAGUCGACGGGGAUUGGUUCGAGGCAAAGCAUCCGUCCGGCAGGACUGGCUUUGUCCCUGUGAAUUAUAUAAAAAUCAUGGAGAAGCCGAAAACUCCAUCCUUCAAGAGACCUGCCCCACCACCUCCCAAACCAGCCCCAUCUGAUGCCCUCAUGCAAAAUGGGAGCUCGUCAACUUCCGCGACUGAGGAUCUUCUUGAUAUAUUUUCGUCGGCGCCAGCGAAACCUUCUUCUGGGAAGCCAGAACUGAAACCCAAACCGCCUUUACCACCCAAGACGACAAAUGUCUCGUUGGACAAACCGAAAGCUCCGUCAGCGAUUGACGACUUGCUCUGUUUUGACCCUCUCGGUGACACAACUGGCAAUUCAUCACCACAUAUUCUCCCUGACAUACAGCCUCUAAAACCCCAAGUACCCCACCAUGAUCAGGUCGGGUUCAAGCUCGGCAGCGGGACAUACAGGAAGAUAAACUUAUCUGGACAAUUAUCACCUCCAGAGGGCGCUUCCCCGAUUCAGCCGACGACCGCCAAUCCCUUCAGCAAUACCAAAUCUAGCAACUCCACAGCGGUGAAUCAGAACAAAUCCCUGAUGGACAUGAGUCCGAUUGACAAACCAGAAUCCUCAAUUUUAGCACCUAUGAGUGCUCCUCUCUCCCCGCCACUUGUACCCCAGAGCCUGCCCCAUGCCACGGGAGACUCCAAACCAUCAUUCCAGCGGAAGAUGAGCUAUGAGUCGCUAACGACAGCCAAGCCAUUCAGCGUAAUGACAGCAGCUCAUAUUCACAGUGUACCGCGACCGGGAUCAUCAGGGUCCCCCGCUUCGCCAGCCUCACCGAAAUCUCCGAAGGUGAAGUCGGAUCUUUUGACGCUUUCGCAAGUCAAUCAAGACUUGGAUCGAGCUCUUGCCGGAGAGGAAACCACAGAGUGUGGUCCCUCCACGGUACCAAAGUUCAACCCUUUCUCGAGAACCGAUUCAGAGGAUGUCAAACCCUCAGAGACACUGCCACCUGUUCCGCCUCGCCAACCCUCACCGAAUCCGUUCUCGGCCGAGAACCAAUCCACGGCGAUACCCGCGCAGAUAACGGCACCCCCGCCAUUACCGCCCCGUCAGCCCUCGCCGAAUCCAUUCAAAGCAGAGUCGCCUCCUCCGGCUUCGGUACCUCCCCCUCCAAUCAUCACUGCCUUACCUCAAGCAAUUCAGCACCUGACCCCGACCCCUGCCAUCAAACCCCAGCUGCCACCCCAACCCUCAGAUCAAUCUCCUUCCCUCAUACCAUAUUCCCGUCCACCCAUGAACCUCAUCCGCGACGACAGCAUGGCGUCAGACUUCUCCGACGACUACCUAAUGCAGAACAUCAACUUCAGUAUUCGACCGCCCUCCAGCUCUGAUUACCAGGCGCCUACCGCUUUCAAACUUCCUCCCCCGCCGACCAAAUCAAAACUGAAAAACCCUGCUGUGUUGGAGUCUCCAAAAGCGAAGAGGUUUAACACCAAAAGCGCUGUACCGAGACCGCGAGGCAGAAGUUCCGAUGGAGAAGGAGGUUCUACCCCGCCGCUAUACAGCCAUCCUCAAGACUUUGAACUACCACCGGGUCUAGAUUCUCAAGAUCACGAUCAAUUCCAGCAAGAUCUUCAAAGCUUCCAGGCCAGCGUCCAGCAGAUGUUUGAUCCGAGUAAAUUCGGAGAGGAUGAUUUCACCGGGAUGCCAGAGAGGGAGCCUCCACUGCCGCCAGAUGCUACUGCCAUCACGACGGACCAGAGCGCGUCUCUCUUGGACGGGGACUUUGAUGUCUUCUUUGAUUCGCCUCAACCCACCACUGAAUUCGACUCGGCACCGGUUGAAGAUAUCCUCAGUCUUGGCAUGGAGCCAAGCCCAGCCACCGAGUCAAAGGUCAAACCGGUAAGACCACCUCCGGCUCGACCAAAGGAGCCGGCCUCAAAGAAGAAGAUGCCACCCCGACCUGCGCCUCCUAAAUUUGGACCGGGACCGAGAUCAGCCGAAGACGAUAUUCUGGCAAAACUGAGACCUGAAGGAAAUAUAAGUCAGGAAGAAUUAGAGGUACAGGAGACUGUGAAUGCUUUAAAAGGAAGUAUUGCGGAGCUGAAGGUGAUCAUUGCGAAACAACGAGAAGAGAAGAAGGCCCUUGAGCUGGCGUUACAGCAAACAUCAGAUAAUACUGAAAUGCAGGACAUAGAACAGCAGUUGACUGAUUGCAUCGGGAAUAUUGAAAAUUUGCAAACAGAAGUGCAGAGUCUGGAAGUGGCAGUGGGAGAACAACUUCAAGAUGUCCAGCCGACACCCGUUCCGGAGUCGAAGAUGACGAUGGGAGACUUCCGCGAGAAGGUCAUCGCGGAGUUGCUCAACACGGAGCGAGAUUACGUACGAGAUAUCAAACUAUGCCAGGAGGGGUUCAUGUCUGUGUUGAAAGAUAAACAGGAGAUCAUCAGCAAGAUACUCAUUCAGCAACAACUUGAUGAAAACGAGAGAACGGGAGAAAAGAAAUUGACUAAAGGCUUAGAGCUGGAGAUUCUAUUUGGCAACAUGGAGCAAGUCAUCGAGAUAUCAGAUAAAUUUCUGAAUGAUCUUGAAGAAACGAUUGAGGGAAAUGCUCCUGAAGAUCAGUUUAUUGGUCAGUGUUUCAUGAGACACAGUAACGAUCUACACAAGGCGUAUGCAGAGUACUGUAGGAAUCAUGACGACGCUACAACGCUACUUGAAAAGUAUGAAGAAAAUGACGAAGUACAAGAGUACAUCAACCAAGGACUGGAACUUGUCAGGCAGAGUACGAACUGUUGGGAUCUAGCGUCUUUCUUGAUCAAACCUGUUCAAAGGAUAUUGAAAUACCAACUUCUCCUUGGUGAGCUGGACAAGUAUUCAGAGGAGAGUUAUGCGGACAAACCCAACCUGCAGGAAGCAAUACUAACAAUGACGGAAGUAGCAAAGGCUAUUAAUGAAUUCAAGAGGAGGAAGGACUUGGUGAUGAAGUACAGGCGGACGCCCCAAGAUGCAAUAACGGAUAAACUUGGGCGACUCAAUCUACAUUCCAUAAGGAAGAAAUCACAGCGGAUAAACCAAAGGCUAACUCAAAUGACCGGAUUAACAACACAAACGGUUGACGGAGACUUUGAUCAGAUGGAGAGACGAUUUAGAAAUCUAGAGAAGACCAUUAGGAUCUUUGUUAAGGAUGUAAACGCUUACUUGGAGCAACUCAAGGAUGCUACUUCCUCAGAGGCUGCUGUAGGUAGCGACAUCUCGGACUACUACGCCAGUCAGUCCAAUCUACAUGAAGUCAAUAAAUAUGAGGCUGUCCAACGACAUCUUGCCAAUAAACUCUAUAAAGAUUAUAUGUUAUUUGUACAGCAGAGGGUGAUCUCACCACUGAAUGGACUCCUCAUCAUGUUCCAAGGACCUCAUAAACUCAUCGCGAAGAGGUACCACAAGCUUCUUGACUUUGACAGCCACAGUAACAAACUAGAGAAGAAUAAAGAUAAAGACAGAAUGAAACAGAAUAAAAGCAAAGAGAAGGAAUUGGAUGACAGCGACGACGACAUGCCGACGGGCGGCACUCACAAACGUCUGAAGGAGAAACACCGAAAGGAGCUCAAGGAUGAUAAAGAUGUAGCGAAGAAGAACUACGAGGCCAUGAAUGUACAGUUGAAAGACGAACUGCCGAAGCUUUGUGACAUGGGACUGUCUCUCUUCAAGAGCUGCGUCGUCUCGUUCAUCGAAGCCGAGAGAGAUCACAUCAACUCGACUCUGAAGAAACUAUAUCCCCUGCUUGAGCUUUCCAUCGUCAAGACCAACUCCACCGUAGACAUCAUGAAGACCUUUGAGAUCUCCAUGAUGGCCGCCAUGGAGGAGAUUCAUAAAUUCCCUUUUGUGCCCAAGAGUCUGGAUAAGAAAGGAGACAGACGUUCCGUGUAUGGCAGCAACUCGGAGCCUGUACCUCCACCGAGCCUACCAAAACCCCAGCCAGCAUCACAAUCUGACAAGCAGAAAGUCAGUGUUAGUUCUCGUUACCCUAGCAAUCGCGUAUUCUUGGUCUCAACGGAUUUCAAAGCUCAGCAGCCGAUGGACAUCUCGGUGAAGAAAGGAGAGCUUGUUGGGAUCAUCAAGGAGCAGGACCCAACCGGUAGCGGCAUAAGGUGGUACAUCGAUAACGGAGCUUCCCAGGGGUUUGUGCCGUCGUCGAUUCUUAAGACAGAAAAUGACGCUGCUGCCCCUGCUCCCCCUGAUGACGACGAGGAUGAAUGGGAUAACUUCACACAGAUGCAACAACAAGCUCAGUAUUAUUAUGCCGAGUGGGAGUUCACUGCGACCGGAUUGAACGAACUUUCCUUGGCGGAACGAGAAGUCGUGCAACUCAUUUCCGAUAAGGACAUUGAAGGGAACUCUGAGUGGUGGCUCGUCGACAAGAACGGCCAACGUGGUUACGUUCCUUCCAUCUACUUAGCCAAGAUUGACUAGGUGUGAUCAGAGCCUGGUUUUAUGGCUCUGCUUACCGCCGAAUUCUGCCUUACAAUCACCAUUCUCCGCUUACUGUGCAAGCGCCGAAUUUC